CGCAAACCCCCCGGCUGCCAUGGCGUACGACCCCCGGGCGCGGACUACAUUUCCCAGGUGCCUGCGGGGCGGGCGGCACGCCCCGCCCCAUUUCCCGCCUCUCCUGGGGGCUGCUGGGAGUUGUAGUCGGAGGGCAGGAAGAAGAUGGCGUCCAAGAUCCGCGUGGUGCUGCGGCCGGUGAAGAGUAUCCUUGUCCGCUUCUGUCCCUUCGAGUCCGACGUGGAGAGCACGAGAAAAUUUCUUCAGUAUAUAAACCAUAAAAAAAUCCAGGACACUAACAGAAACUGUGAAGUGACUGCCGAUGUGAGACACGAUGGGUCUGAACCACUUGUAGAUGUUAGGUUUGCUGAUGGGGAGCGACUGAUAAUGAAGGGAGCCAACUUGACAACAAUAGAAAUGUUAACAGCAUUGGGGACCAGAUGUAAUGCAAAAGAUCUUAAGGAAGAACCGAAAAGCAAGAAGAAGAAUCCCUGAAGAACAAAAAAGCAACUGUGUUUGCAUUUGCAUGUGUUAAAAUCAGCAGGCUAUGCAGAGGGCUUUUCUCAAAUGCAACAAAAUCUGAAAGAGAGAGAUGGCCAAAACACUGGCCAGUUAACAUGCAGCAGAACGAACCGUUUAAAGGCUCUCCAUCUUUCCCUGAAGGAAAGCAUAAUGGAUCAGCCAGUCUUCUAACACUAGUGGGUCAGAGUGGUGUAACAUGCAUUAAUGCAUCUUUCUAAGCAGUUGCCUCUCAGUUGUCUGCGUGUCGGACUAAUAUCACAUGUAUUUGCAUAUAAAUGUGAAUAAUGCACAUUAGUUAUUAAAUUAAUAUUAUGGUGAAAAAGA